CACACACACACGCAGACACACACCCUCUCCACAGGAAACCGUGAGCCAUAAUGCGACGGCACCUCGGAGCAGACGGCCGCCUUUGCUCAAACCAAGAGGGGAUCCGGCUGUGACUUUGAUAGCGCGUUAAUUACUCAUGUGAUGUGAUACAGAUGUCUGGGGGCUUCAGCUGAAAGUUUGGCUGACGCUUUCCGAGGGGGCCGGGCGGCAGACAAUUUUAUAAGAAGCGGCGGGACUUUGAAACAGGAAUGACUCGAGGGCGAAGGAGACGUGACAUGAUGCAAAGGGCUUUAACUGCCACGCUGACAGCUUUUUAAAACUUUACCUUCUCGUUUUUUUUUUCUCCACGAGACAAAUGCUUUAAUGAUAACUCGACGGUGGAAUCAAAGCGCAGGAAGACAGUGUUCCAUAAUGGGCGACACGGUCUUGCAUAUGCUGCUGCUAAUGGCUUGUAUGGCGCCCAGAGGAAUGUGCCAGAUAAACAGCAUUGGAGCAGCGGAGGAGGACCCGGACCUGGGAUAUCUCCAGCACUCCUCCACCCCUGAGCCCAGCGCGGGGCCCAGACCCCAGCCAGAGGCCGUGGUGUUGCCCAACGCCACGGUGGCGAGGACGCCCGUGCCGCCGCCCAUGUGUUUGGUGACUACGUCCAUCAACAGCUACUUCAAGUACAUCAACACGCUGAUUUCCGUCGUGGUGUUUGUGGUGGGCCUGGUGGGCAACGCCACACUGUUGAGGAUCAUAUACCAGCACAAGUGCAUGAGGAACGGGCCCAAUGCCCUCAUCGCCAGCCUGGCAAUGGGGGAUCUCAUCUACAUAGUCAUCGACAUUCCCAUCAACGUAUACAAGCUCCUGGCGUCACGGUGGCCAUUUUAUGACAGCGUCUUUGGCUUGUUCCUCUGCAAGCUGGUCCCCUUCCUGCAGAAAGCCUCAGUGGGCAUCACCGUCCUGAAUCUGUGCGCCCUCAGCGUCGACAGGUACCGAGCCGUCGCGUCCUGGAGUCGAGUCCAGGGCGUCGGGAUCCCGCUCCUCACAGUCAUGGAAAUCCUCAGCAUUUGGGUCCUGUCGAUGGCGCUGGCCGUCCCCGAGGCCGUCGGCUUCGACAUGGUCAGCUUCAACUACCGGAACCAAACGAUCCGCACCUGCAUGCUGCAGCCCAAGUCGGACUUCAUGGUGUUCUACAAGGAUGCGAAGGACUGGUGGCUGUUCGGUUUCUACUUUUGCGUUCCGCUAACCUGCACCGCCAUCUUCUACACCCUGAUGACCUGCGAAAUGCUCAACAACCGGAACGGCAGCCUGCGGAUCGCCCUGACCGAGCACCUCAAACAGAGAAGGGAAGUGGCCAAGGCCGUCUUCUGCCUGGUCCUCAUAUUCGCCCUCUGCUGGUUCCCGUUGCAUCUCAGCAGGAUCCUCAAGAAGAUGGUUUACUACCAGAAUGACGAGAUGCGCUGCGAGCUGUUCAACUUCCUUCUGGUCAUGGACUACCUAAGCAUCAACCUCGCAACAAUAAACUCCUGCAUCAACCCCAUCAUUCUCUACUUUGUCAGCAAAAAGUUCAAAAACUGUUUUAAGUCGUGUUUGUGCUGCUGGUGCUACUCGGACAGCCAGCUGAGCAGCAUCGGAGCGAUGAACGGCACUAGCGUCCAGUGCAAAAGUCCCGAGCCAAACAACCUCCUCACCGACCGCAGCCUGCGCAAAGACAGCGACUGAACAAGUGGCGCUCAGACAUUGUUAUAAACAGUUAUCCCACCGAAAUAUAUGCAUUAUGGUGACACUUUUUCUGAAAUACACAAGUACUAACGAUGCCGCCUCGCAUGAAACUGGCAGAGGCGCCGAGGAAAAAAAGGUUUCAAAGGAACACACGAGUUGCCCGGAGGACUUUGGAGUCAAGGGUUGCAUUUAAACUCUGCGCUACCGUCACGGUUCCAGUAAAAAGAGGCAGGACAGCGCGACGCGAUGGAAACGAAGACAACCAUCUGUCGGAGGAAAUGAGCGCUCGCUUGCGUCCGUCCCGGGAGUCGAAGAACAGGAAAGCGUGUUAGCGACGACUGAUUCUCCGUCGAACGUGGCCCGUGGAUGUGCUCAUUAUUCAUUUAGCCUCAUUGUCUCACCGACUUCUCGACUUAAAAGUCGCCCGACGUUGUGAAUAUUUCACAAAUGGAUGGUCACGUAGAGUGCAUAGGAAAGAUUUCCUCAUGGAGCAACGUGGCGGCGACACUAUAUUUAGGAUAUUUAUGCUUGUGUAAUCCACAAGACAUUUAUGUGCACUCUUAUAAAGAGUAAUAAGUAUUAAUUCAUGACAAAGGCCGGAUACCAAGAACACAGUGAACCCCCGCGUAUUCACCGUUCGGCGUUUGCAAAUUUACACAUUUUAGGGGGAAACUAUCCUCCGUUAUAUGCUGAGAAAAAAAAAAAUUACAUAAUUGCUGUUUUGGCACUCACGCCAAAGCCAUGUUUAAUAAAUGGAUAGCAAUUUGGUGCCAUCUGUUGGCAUCUUGCCAAGCCACUAUGUUGAAAUGCAGGGACGGGCUUCAUUUAGUCAGGCUUUAGCGUUCCAUCCAUCCAUUUUCUUAGCCGCUUAUCCUCACAAAGGUUGCGGGAGUGCUGAAGCCUAUUCCAGCUGUCUACAGGCACACCCUGAACUGGUUGCCAGCCAAUCGCAGGGCUUUAGCCUUGUCUCAACGAAAGAAAAAAAAAAAAGUUAUUUACUGCCAUCUUCUGGUAUCCAAAGGCAAUUAACAAAACUUUUUGGAUGGGCUUUGGUCACUCACAAUUUUUUUUUGCCAUUUGGGGUUCACUGUCGUAAUAGUAUUAGUAGCAGUAGGAUACAACAGCCUGCAAAUCAUAUCGCAGAGUAAACACUAAACAUUUAUAUUCUUCAAUCAUUCAUUUUCUGAGCCGCUUAUCCUCACGAGGCUACAACCUGUACUCGCUGCCAGCCAAUCGCAGGGCACAUAGAGACAGGCAACAGUCGCACUCAUAAUCAUGUAUAAAAAAUUAAAAAUCAUUUUAUUUGAUGAUCUGCCUUUGCUGCCAGGCGGAAUUUUCUAUAUUAGCCGGGCUGACUACGCUGCUAACUAUCUGGUACGCUAAAAUACCAGCUACUAAGCUGCAACAAACAGAAAGAGCUCUUUUUCCUUGAAAAUUUGAAGUGAGAAUAUACACUAGCCGCACUAAGUAUUUUAUUUUACUUCCUCUAAACCAGGGGUGUCAAACAAAUUUUUGUUGCGGGCCACAUUGUAGUUACGGUUUCCCUCGGGGUGCCGUCAUGACUGUGAAACCAAAAAAAUCUUUAACCGCCUCAUCAUAUUAACACAUGAAAUUUCUGAACUAGAAAUUAACAAUUGUUCAUGUUUUGGUAAAACAAAACAAAAAAUGCUUGCAAUAUCUUAAUGUAAUCUUUGUGAUAUGACAAUUAGAAAUGUUGGCAGCGAUUUUAACAAAAACCAUGGAAGUUGAUUAACAUGAUUCGCCCUCGUGGGCCACAUACAAUCAUGCGGCGGGCCGGAUCUGGCCCCCGGGCCUUGAGUUUGACACCUGUGCUCUAAACUUUCAAAUUCACAUGUCCAACUAACUGCUCAAUGUUUCUGUACUUUUUUGCUAAGGUCAAAUUCCAAUUGACUGCAUUUUACAUUCAUCCUGUAUGUUCACCCAGAAGUAUUUGUGAGCAUUGUGUGUAUUUUUAUUUUUUCGUCUGUGUGUUUCAAGACUGAUGAGUGUAUCGUUAGUUUGAGCGUUUUGCACACGGUGUACAGAAGGACCCUCCAUAUAUGUACAGACGUUGCCGUUGCUAACAUUGCUAUUAAGCAUCACUUCUUAGCUCAAUAAAUCAAUGUCCAGCGCAAGUUUAUUGCCCCCAGCCCGUUUGCUAAUAUAAGCUCCUCAGGGGGAGUCAAAAGUUGGGCUCGUCGCUCCAUUCGGCCUCUGUGAGAAAAAAAAAAAAGACAUCUGGGAGCGAUUCCGAGCACACGGUGACCCGCUGUGACCGAUUCGAAGGGCCCGAGGCUUCCUGAUCCCCGUUCGCAGAGGAUGUGGGAAUUUGAGACCAGGAACUCCAUUGUUGACUGUUGCCAAAAACGGGAUCAACGGGGGAGCUCCAGAUUUGCUCGAUUCCCGGCUCGACGUGGCAGGAGCGCGUCUGUUUUCUUCGCAAACGUCGCCCUUAUGAUCGGAAGGGUUGGAAUAUAAACUUAAAGUGCCACUGUCAUGAA